UAAGUCACGUGUUCCUAUCUGCUCGUCCAAUUACAGAGAAAGACAGAGACUCUCAAUUAUUGCCCACAUACAGUUGAACUACGGAAAUAACCUCUCCUUUUUAACACACUCGAAUUUUUUUCGUCAUAUAUUUUCGGCAUAUAUAAAUCUAUCCUUUUGCUUACGAAGAAUUAAAUGAAUAUCGUCUGCAAUAGAGCAGAUUAAUUUUUUGAAAAAUUGUGAAGUUCACCAUUUUUAUCGUUUGGAAAAAAUGCAAAGAUUUGAGAUAUUCGCAUUAAUCAUUUUGUUUUUCUAUCUUUUCGAGAGUGCUACAAGCCAGAAACCUCCAAGGGCAUAUGCAAAGACGAAAUGUGAAAAGCGGGUAAAGAAUGAGACUCUGCUUCAACAGUGCAAAUCAUGUGUGGAAAACUAUUCUCUCCCCGAAUAUCCAACGAAGAGUGAAAUUCGAAACCUAGUUCGAGCCUGUGUUCCUAAGAAAAAUCCUAAAGAGUGGGUAAAAGGAAAAUGUGAAGAUAAUACUGAGAAACAGGCUGACAUAGAAGCAUGUUAUCAGUGUGUUGAUGAUUUUAUUUUGCCACAAAAUGUUACUAGAGAUGAUGUUCAAUCUAUGAGAAAAGCUUGCCUGCCUCAACCUAGCUUGAAAUUUAGAGCAAAAAGGAAGUGCGCUAAGAAACUUAAAAACAAGGAGGAUGUUGAAAUUUGUCAAUUAUGCAUUAAUGAGUUCAAGAUAUCUGAUAAACCGUCUUGUGAGGAGGUGAAUGAAAUGAAAAGAAAGUGCAUAACUGAAAGAUCUGGUCGAGAAUUAUGGGUUGAGCCAGUGAUGGACAACGAUGAUGAUGAUGAAUAGUUAGCAUAUUAACCAGCUGGUUUGGUUUCUAUAUUUAAGCUAUAAGUAGAAUUUUUAUAUUAUACUAUUUUAAUUGUUUCACCUUUGAAAUAGAUUUGUGAAAUGAUGUAUUUCAAUUAUGUUAUCAAGAAAAUGUAAGAAAGGAAACAAUUUACAGUGUCUUUAUAAUUUAUUGCUUAGUUAUUUUUUUUUCUCAUCUAGUUUGUGUUUAGAUCUUUUACUUGAGAUUUUUAUAUUCAAUUGUUGUGUAGUUCUCAUUAAGAUGCAGUUCUCAUGUCAAUAGCAUUCAUUUAGAUAUCAUAUAUACAUAAUGUAUUGAUAUUGUGCAAUGAAUUAUUUUGUAUCUCAUUUGAUAUAUGUCAUAAUUUUUUUUUAUCAAUAAAUACCAUUUAACUAUU